AUGAGCAACCGCCUCCUGCCUAUCAACUUCAAUCAAACAUCUCAACAAAAGAAUCGUGGAAAGCGAGCAAUUGAGAUAAGGAUGAUGAAAAUAAUCGUCCUUUUCUGUCUUCUGUCGGUUUGUUCCGCUGAAAAAGAAGGUUUUUCUGCCUACUAUCCUCUCUAUGAAAAAGAAGACAUUGACCACAGUGCGCUCCAAUAUUGUUACGUCUUUCAAGGAACGAUCAAGCCUGUCGAUGUCAACAAUGUUCAAAAGGGAUACAAAUGUGAAGCGAGUUCCUCGACUUGGGUGAAAGACGAUUCGCAUGCAAUGGACUUCUGUACUAGCAGAAUCCCGUAUCACAUUAUUAAAGCCUCUGUCAAUCCUAAAGGAGGAACUUUCUGCACUUUCCAAAUCAACUUGAAAUGCGAGAUUGGAUGGUUUCAAAUGAGAAACAAGUGCUACAAAGUUUUUGCCGCUGCAAAGAAUUACACUGAAGCUGAGGAUUACUGUCUUCAACAUAAACCAGAAUUUAAGACUAGAAUUGCUGAAUACUACGAUGGCCACCUUUCAACCUAUAUUGGAGAUUUAAUUUUCAAUGAUGCAUGGGUUAGCGCACCUGAAAUGGAAGAGUUGCAUGCAGGAAAAGGAUUGAAACCUAUUCUGAUCAUGAACGGUGCAUACAAGUAUGAUUCAAGAAAGGGCGUUGUUUUAAUGAUAAAGCCCGAGUUGAAACGUGAGGUUAUUUGUGAGUACUCUCCACCAAUGACGAUGGCUGAAAUGUAUUUGAUGGCUGAGUUAUACAGUGAGGUUUAUCCGAUUCACGUGACGACGAAUGGUGCGAGUUUUGCUACUUCUAGUUACAUGACAAUCGAACAAACUGACCUGAGAGAAAAUCGGAAAGGAAAGCUAGCUGAAACAUUCGAUACCAAAAAUAUCCGUGAGAGAUGUCAAGCGAUUGGAAACAUUCUUAGUGUUGACAGUCAUCCAAUGGCUUCCAUUCAAGAAGAGUUUGAUACAGUUAAAAGUCAAUUGACGGAUCAUCGUUUCCAUCUAACAAGUGCCUAUAAGAAUGAUGGCUGCGAGAAAACGACUUACAAAGAUUGGGACUUCGCCACAGACACCUUGCUGUCUGUCUACUCCACUGUUCACCAAACCAGUAAUGCCUUCUGUAAAGCUUUCAGUUUCAGUUUCCAUCCAAAAGCACGUCUACCAUCAAUGGCUGCUAUGCGAGCACCUGCUCUUUGUUCUCUUCAUUCCUUCUCUUAUGAAUACGAUGAUUGUGAGCCAGGUUGGAUCACUGCAUAUCGAUCGAAGACAACAAAAUUCUGUCAUUACAUCUACACAGAAAAGCAGGUGACAUUAUCUGAAGCUAAAAGGGCCUGCUUGAAUAUGAACGCUGCAUUGACUGGAUUUGAGAAUGAGGAGGAGUUUAAGUAUGUGCAAAAGGAAUUUGGUCAAGGUAAACCAGGAUAUGGCGAUCACUUCUGGCUUGGAGGAACUGUUCCCUGCAAAGAAGACUGUACAGAUCCUAUAUAUAAAGCCAGUUGGGAUUCAGGAGUUUCAAGAAAUACGCACUUUUUGAACUAUUUCAAUCAUAUAGGUUAUGAUUGGAGAGAUGAUUGCGGUGAAGAUUCGAUUUCAUUCCGUUCUGAUGUUGUUGCCUUCCACACACAUUAUAGUAAUGACGAGUACUUCUCUCAUAUGAUGUACAUUUGUGGCAAAUAUCCAAAACUGUCGGUGAAGAAGAUGGACAUUAAGAAUGUGAAACAAGGAUGA